CAUCAGCUCUCAACUCCCGUCUAGCAGCCUUGGACCAGUAGCAGGCUACAUCAUCAUCAAGCUUCCAACGUCAACUUAUACGCCGCCCUUGACCUUUGAGCUCGUUGACGGCCCCAUCUCUUCACCAUGGCAGAAUCAGAGCUCGCCCCCAAGUUUGCCCCCUUUAUUGGGAUGGCCGGAAUUGCAGCUGCAAUGAUCUUCGGAUGUAUUGGAGCUGCCUACGGCACAGCGAAGUCCGGCAUUGGCAUUGCUGGUGUCGGUACCUUUCGACCAGAUCUCAUCAUGAAGUGUCUGAUUCCAGUCGUCAUGUCCGGUAUCAUCGCCGUCUACUCGCUAGUCAUCUCCGUCCUAAUCGCUGAGGAUCUCGACCCUUCCAAGAACUACAGCUUGUUUUCGGGCUUUAUGCAUCUCGGAUGCGGUAUUGCAGUCGGCAUGACUGGUCUUGCCGCUGGUUACUGUAUCGGAAUCGUUGGCGACACCGGUGUUCGUGCUUAUAUGGAACAGUCCCGGAUUUUCGUCGGCAUGGUCCUGAUUCUCAUUUUCGGCGAAGUUCUCGGUCUCUACGGCCUCAUUGUUGCCCUGAUUCUUAACACCAAGAGCAAGGGUUAAAUGGCACACGAUUCGCAUCGCAAUCACACACCCGCUCAUAUGACCUUUCUCAGGGGGAACUGACAUGAAAAUUGAAGGAGCUUCGAGCUGCCAUCCGGAUACGGGGAUAAACCAUUGUUUGUACAUCGGGCAUGGCGUUAUUGGACGUGUAACAUAUUUUUCAGAGAGGUAGAAGAACGGCGGAGAAGUUGACAGUAUCUAGUUUCAAGAAUACGUGCAAAGUCUAUGCUU